AGCCCCGGCUGGCCAGAGGAUGGACGAGGAGGAGGAUGGAGCGGGAGCCGAGGAGUCGGGACAGCCCCGGAGCUUCAUGCGGCUCAACGACCUGUCCGGGGCCGGGGGCCGGCUGGGGUCAGGGUCCGCAGAAAAGGACCCAGGCAGUGCGGACUCCGAGGCGGAGGAGCUGCCUUACCCGGCGCUGGCCCCGGUGGUUUUUUUCUACUUGAGCCAGGACAGCCGCCCGCGGAGCUGGUGUCUCCGCACGGUCUGUAACCCCUGGUUUGAGCGCAUCAGCAUGUUGGUCAUCCUUCUCAACUGUGUGACCCUGGGGAUGUUCCGGCCAUGUGAGGACAUUGCCUGUGACUCCCGGCGCUGCCGGAUCCUGCAGGCCUUUGAUGACUUCAUCUUUGCCUUCUUCGCUGUGGAGAUGGUAGUGAAGAUGGUGGCCUUGGGCAUCUUUGGGAAAAAGUGUUACCUGGGAGACACAUGGAAUCGGCUUGACUUUUUCAUCGUCAUUGCUGGGAUGCUGGAGUAUUCGCUGGACUUGCAGAACGUCAGUUUCUCAGCUGUCAGGACAGUCCGAGUGCUGCGACCGCUCAGGGCCAUUAACCGGGUGCCCAGCAUGCGCAUUCUCGUCACGUUGCUGCUGGACACACUGCCCAUGCUGGGUAACGUACUGCUGCUCUGCUUCUUCGUCUUCUUUAUCUUCGGCAUCGUUGGCGUCCAGCUGUGGGCAGGGCUGCUCCGCAACCGAUGCUUCCUACCUGAGAAUUUCAGCCUCCCCCUGAGUGUGGACCUGGAGCGCUACUACCAGACAGAGAAUGAGGACGAGAGCCCCUUCAUCUGCUCCCAGCCACGCGAGAACGGCAUGCGGUCCUGCAGGAGUGUGCCCACGCUGCGUGGGGAGGGUGGUGGUGGCCCGCCUUGCGGUCUGGACUAUGAGUCCUACAACAGCUCCAGCAACACCACCUGCGUCAACUGGAACCAGUACUACACUAACUGCUCUGCAGGGGAGCACAACCCCUUCAAGGGUGCCAUCAACUUCGACAACAUCGGCUAUGCCUGGAUCGCCAUCUUUCAGGUCAUCACGCUGGAGGGCUGGGUCGACAUCAUGUACUUUGUGAUGGAUGCUCAUUCCUUCUACAACUUCAUCUACUUCAUCCUCCUCAUCAUCGUGGGCUCCUUCUUCAUGAUCAACCUGUGCCUGGUGGUAAUUGCCACGCAGUUCUCAGAAACCAAGCAGCGGGAAAGCCAGCUGAUGCGGGAGCAGCGCGUGCGGUUCCUGUCCAACGCCAGCACCCUGGCCAGCUUCUCUGAGCCGGGCAGCUGCUACGAAGAGCUGCUCAAGUACCUGGUAUACAUCCUCCGUAAGGCAGCCCGCAGGCUGGCCCAGGUCUCCCGGGCAGCAGGCGUGCGGGCUGGGCUCCUGAGCAGCCCAGCUUCCCUCGGGGGCCAGGAGCCCCAGCCCAGCAGCACCUGCUCUCGCUCCCACCGCCGCCUGUCCGUCCACCACCUGGUGCACCAUCACCACCACCACCACCACCACCAUUACCACUUGGGCAAUGGGACGCUCAGAGCCCCCCGGGCCAGCCCAGAGAUCCAGGAUAGGGAUGCCAAUGGGUCCCGCCGGCUCAUGCUGCCACCACCCUCGACACCUGCCCUCUCUGGGGGCCCCCCAGGUGGUGCGGAGUCUGUGCACAGCUUCUAUCAUGCCGACUGCCACUUGGAGCCUGUCCGCUGCCAGGCCCCCCCUCCCAGGUCCCCAUCUGAAGCAUCAGGCAGAACUGUGGGCAGUGGGAAGGUGUACCCCACUGUGCACACCAGCCCUCCACCAGAGAUGCUGAAAGAGAAGGCACUGGUAGAGGUGGCCCCCAGCUCUGGGCCUCCCACCCUCACCAGCCUCAACAUCCCACCCGGGCCUUACAGCUCCAUGCACAAGCUGCUAGAGACACAGAGCACGGGUGCCUGCCAAAGCUCUUGCAAGAUCUCCAGCCCUUGCUCAAAGGCAGACAGUGGAGCCUGUGGUCCAGACAGCUGCCCCUAUUGUGCCCGGGUGGGGUCCAGGGAGGUGGAACUCACUGACCACGAGAUGCCUGACCCAGACAGUGAGGCGGUUUAUGAGUUCACACAGGACACCCAGCACAGCGACCUCCGGGACCCCCACAGCCGACGGCAACGGAGCCUGAGCCAGGAUGCAGAGCCCAGCUCUGUGCUGGCCUUCUGGAGGCUGAUCUGUGACACCUUCCGGAAGAUUGUGGACAGCAAGUACUUUGGUCGGGGCAUCAUGAUCGCUAUCCUGGUCAAUACGCUCAGCAUGGGUAUCGAAUACCACGAGCAGCCCGAGGAGUUGACCAAUGCUCUGGAAAUCAGCAACAUCGUCUUCACCAGCCUCUUUGCCCUGGAGAUGCUGCUGAAGUUGCUCGUGUAUGGUCCCUUUGGCUACAUCAAGAAUCCCUACAAUAUCUUUGAUGGUGUCAUUGUGGUCAUCAGCGUGUGGGAGAUCGUAGGCCAGCAGGGGGGUGGCCUGUCGGUGCUGCGGACCUUCCGCCUGAUGCGCGUGCUGAAGCUGGUGCGCUUCCUGCCGGCGCUGCAGCGGCAGCUCGUGGUGCUCAUGAAGACCAUGGACAACGUGGCCACCUUCUGCAUGCUGCUCAUGCUCUUCAUCUUCAUCUUCAGCAUCCUGGGCAUGCAUCUUUUUGGCUGCAAAUUUGCAUCUGAACGGGAUGGGGACACGCUGCCAGACCGGAAGAACUUCGACUCCCUGCUCUGGGCCAUUGUCACUGUCUUUCAGAUCCUGACGCAGGAGGACUGGAACAAGGUCCUCUACAACGGCAUGGCCUCCACAUCGUCUUGGGCGGCCCUCUACUUCAUUGCCCUCAUGACCUUUGGCAACUAUGUGCUCUUCAACCUGCUGGUCGCCAUUCUGGUGGAGGGCUUCCAGGCAGAGGAAAUCAGCAAACGGGAAGAUGCGAGUGGACAGUUAAGCUGUAUUCAGCUGCCUGUCGACUCCCAGGGGGGAGAUGCCACCAAGUCUGAGUCAGAGCCCGAUUUCUUCUCGCCCAGCCUGAAUGGCGACGGGGACAGGAAGAAGCGCUUGGCCUUGGUGUCCCUGGGAGAGUACCCAGAGCUUCGAAAGAGUCUGCUACCGCCUCUCAUCAUCCACACGGCUGCCACUCCCAUGUCACUACCCAAGAGCUCUAGCACCGGCCUGGGCGAGGCACUGGGCCCCCCUUCCCGUCGGACCAGCAGCAGUGGGUCGGCUGAGCCAGGGGCAGCCCACGAGAUAAAGUCACCGCCAAGCGCCCGCAGCUCCCCACACAGCCCCUGGAGUGCAGCCAGCAGCUGGGCCAGCAGACGCUCCAGCAGGAACAGCCUUGGCCGAGCCCCCAGCCUGAAGCGGAGGAGCCCAAGUGGGGAGCGGAGAUCCCUGCUGUCGGGAGAAGGCCGAGAGAGCCAGGAUGAGGAGGAGAGCUCAGAAGAGGAGCGGGCCAGCCCAGCAGGCAGUGACUGUCGCCACAGGGGUUCCUUGGAGCGAGAGGCCAAGAGCUCCUUCGACCUUCCAGACACACUGCAGGUGCCAGGACUGCACCGCACAGCCAGUGGCCGCAGCUCUGCCUCUGAGCACCAGGACUGUAAUGGCAAGUCGGCUUCAGGGCGCCUGGCCCAGGCCCUACGCCCCGAUGAGCCCCCACUGGAGGGGGAUGACGCCGAUGACGAGGGCAACCUGAGCAAAGCAGAACGGGUCCGUGCAUGGAUCCGAGCCCGGCUCCCUGCCUGCUGCCGUGAGCGUGACUCUUGGUCUGCCUACAUCUUCCCUCCUCAGUCCAGGUUCCGCCUCCUGUGCCACCGGAUUAUCACCCACAAGAUGUUUGACCACGUGGUCCUCGUCAUCAUCUUCCUCAACUGCAUCACCAUUGCCAUGGAGCGCCCCAAAAUCGAUCCCCACAGUGCUGAACGCAUCUUCCUGACCUUCUCCAACUACGUCUUCACCGCAGUCUUCCUGGCUGAGAUGACAGUGAAGGUGGUGGCACUGGGCUGGUGCUUCGGGGAGCAGGCAUACCUGCGCAGCAGUUGGAACGUGCUGGAUGGGCUGCUGGCGCUCAUCUCUGUCAUCGACAUCCUGGUGUCCAUGGUCUCUGACAGUGGCACCAAGAUCCUGGGCAUGCUGAGGGUGCUGCGGCUGCUGCGGACCCUGCGCCCGCUCAGGGUAAUCAGCCGGGCACAGGGGCUGAAGCUGGUGGUAGAGACACUGAUGUCCUCACUGAAGCCCAUCGGCAACAUCGUGGUCAUCUGUUGUGCCUUCUUCAUCAUUUUUGGCAUCCUAGGGGUGCAGCUCUUCAAAGGGAAGUUCUUUGUGUGCCUGGGCGAGGACACCAGGAACAUCACCAACAAAUCUGACUGUGCCGAGGCCAGUUACCGGUGGGUCCGGCACAAGUACAACUUUGACAACCUCGGCCAGGCUCUGAUGUCCUUGUUCGUGCUGGCAUCCAAAGAUGGUUGGGUGGACAUCAUGUACGAUGGGCUGGACGCUGUGGGUGUGGACCAGCAGCCCAUCAUGAACCACAACCCCUGGAUGCUGCUGUACUUCAUCUCGUUCCUGCUCAUUGUGGCCUUCUUUGUCCUGAACAUGUUUGUGGGCGUGGUGGUGGAGAACUUUCACAAGUGUCGGCAGCACCAGGAGGAGGAGGAAGCCCGGCGGCGGGAGGAGAAGCGUCUGCGGAGACUGGAGAAAAAGAGAAGGAAUCUAAUGCUGGACGAUGUAAUUGCUUCCGGCAGCUCAGCCAGCGCUGCGUCAGAAGCCCAGUGCAAACCCUACUAUUCAGACUACUCCCGCUUCCGGCUCCUUGUCCACCACUUGUGCACCAGCCACUACCUGGAUCUCUUCAUCACAGGUGUCAUCGGGCUGAAUGUGGUCACUAUGGCCAUGGAGCACUACCAGCAGCCCCAGAUCUUGGAUGAGGCUCUGAAGAUCUGCAACUACAUCUUCACUGUCAUCUUUGUCUUGGAGUCAGUUUUCAAACUUGUGGCCUUUGGUUUCCGUCGGUUCUUUCAGGACAGGUGGAACCAGCUGGACCUGGCCAUUGUGCUGCUAUCUAUCAUGGGCAUCACACUGGAGGAGAUAGAGGUCAAUGCCUCGCUGCCCAUCAACCCCACCAUCAUCCGCAUCAUGAGGGUGCUGCGCAUUGCCCGAGUGCUGAAGCUGCUGAAGAUGGCUGUGGGCAUGCGGGCACUGUUGGACACGGUGAUGCAGGCCCUGCCCCAGGUGGGGAACCUGGGACUGCUCUUCAUGUUGUUGUUUUUCAUCUUUGCAGCUCUGGGCGUGGAGCUCUUUGGAGACCUGGAGUGUGAUGAGACACACCCCUGCGAGGGCCUGGGCCGGCAUGCCACGUUCCGGAACUUUGGCAUGGCCUUCCUGACCCUCUUCCGAGUCUCCACAGGUGACAACUGGAAUGGCAUUAUGAAGGACACCCUCCGGGACUGUGACCAGGAGUCCACCUGCUACAACACGGUCAUCUCACCCAUCUACUUCGUGUCCUUCGUGCUGACGGCCCAGUUUGUGCUGGUGAACGUGGUGAUUGCCGUGCUGAUGAAGCAUUUGGAGGAGAGCAACAAGGAGGCCAAGGAGGAGGCCGAGCUGGAGGCCGAGCUGGAGCUGGAGAUGAAGACCCUCAGCCCCCAGCCCCACUCGCCACUGGGCAGCCCCUUCCUCUGGCCUGGGGUCACGGGUCCUGACAGCCCUGACAGCCCUGAUCCUGGGGCCCUGCGCACCCAGGCCCAUGCAGCCUCCCGUCUUUCCCUCGAGCAUCCCUUGGACAGACAGCUGUUUGACACCAUGUCCCUGCUGAUCCAGGGCUCCCUGGAGGGGGAGCUGAAGCUGAUGGACGAGCUGGCAGGCCCAGGGGGCCAGCCCUCUGCCUUCCCUUCUGCCCCCAGCUGGGGCGGCUCCGACCCACAGAUCCCUCUAGCUGAGAUGGAGGCUCUGUCUCUGACGUCAGAGAUUGUGUCUGAACCAUCCUGCUCUCUAGCUCUGACGGAUGACUCUUUGCCUGAUGACAUUCACACACUCUUACUUAGUGCCCCGGAGAGCAAUAUGGAGCCCCACCCUGAAAAGACUCCUGUUACGCUGGGACCGGACUUACUGACUGUGUGGAAGUCUGGGGUCAGCCGAACGCACUCUCUGCCUAAUGAUAGCUACAUGUGUCGCGGUGGGAGCACUGCUGAAAGGUCCCUGGGACGCAGGGGAUGGCGGUUCCCCAAAGCUCAGUCAGGCUCUGUCUUGUCUGUUCACUCCCAACCAGCAGACACCAGCUAUACCCCACAGCUUCCCAAAGAUGCGCCCCACCUGUUCCAACCCCAUUGUGCCCUCAUGUGGGGUACCAUCCCCAAACUGCCCCCACCGGGCCGCUCCCCUUUGGCUCAAAGGCCACUCAGGCGCCAGGCAGCAAUAAGGACUGAUUCCUUGGAUGUUCAGGGCCUGGGCAGCCGGGAGGACCUGCUGUCAGAGGUGAGUGGGCCUUCCCCACCUCUGGCCCGCGCCUACUCCUUCUGGGGCCAGUCCCGCAUCCAAGUGCAGCAGCAUCCCCGCAACCAGAGCAAGAUCUCGAAGCACAUGCCCCUGCCAGCCCCUUGCCCACGUCCAGAGCCCAACUGGGGCAAGGACCCUCCGGAGACCAGAAGCAGCUUAGAGUUGGACACGGAGCUGAGCUGGAUUUCAGGAGACCUCCUGCCCACUGGCGGCCAGGAGGAGGCCCCAUCCCCACGGGACCUGAAGAAGUGCUACAGCGUGGAAGCCCAGAGCUGCCAGCGCCGGCCUGUGUCUUGGCUAGAUGAACAGAGGAGACACUCCAUUGCCGUCAGCUGCCUGGACAGCGGCUCCCAGCCCCGCCUGGGCCCAGGCCCCUCGAACCUUGGGGGCCAGCCUCUUGGGGGGCCCGGAAGCCGGCCCAAGAAAAAACUCAGCCCGCCCAGUAUUUCCAUAGACCCCCCCGAGAGCCAAGGCCCUCGGCCCCCACCCAGCCCUGGCGUCUGCCUCCGGAGAAGGGCUCCAUCCAGUGAGUCCAAGGACCCCUUGGCCUCUGGCCCCCCUGACAGCAUGGCUGCCUCACCCUCCCCAAAGAAAGACGUGCUGAGUCUCUCCGGUUUAUCCUCAGACCCAGCAGACCUGGAGCCCUGAGUCCUGCCCCACUCUCCCACUCACCUUUCUCCACUGGGUGCCAAAUCCUAGCUCCUCCUCCUGGGCUAUGUUCCUGAAAAAAGUUCCAUAUAGACACCAAGGAGGCGUUCCUCCCUGCCUCGGUGGCUCUGGGCACCUGCAAGCAGAACUUCCAAAGAGAGUUAUAAAACAGUAGCUCUGGCACCUCUGGAUGCAAAAGAGAGGCCCAGUGCAGCUGAGGUUCCCGACACCAGGAGCUGUUGGGAGAAAGCAAUACGUUUGUGCAGAAUCUCUAUGUAUAUUCUAUUUUAUUAAAUUAAUUGAAUCUAG